AUGGAAUGUGGUGUCGACGCGGCGGUCGCGCUCGACGUGACUCCGCGGCCGACGCCGUUCGACUUUGUCGUUGGCGACCGCACCAAGCGGUGUCUUCAACUGUCCAACCCGUCGUUCCAUGUCUCUCUGCACUUCAAAAUUCAGUGUACAGCAUCUUCUCGCUUCCGCCUGCAUCCUUCCAAAGGCAUCCUUGGGCCGCAUGCCGCAGUUGCCGUCCAAAUUCAACUGUCCACUCAGGCAACGACAGAAGGCGACUGCGUCUUUCUCGUGCUGGCGCUUCCCUUCUUGCACAACUCUGCCACCGAUGGUAACGCUGACGUUUGGAAACACGCAGCACCGACGAUGAUUUCCAAGCAGUACAUUUCAAGCCGCAUCAUCUCUGCUCCGGUUCCCGAUUUCCUUGAAGAUGACCUUCCUCGCUGCCACUCUUCCCCUCGUCCAGCAUCCUACACCACAGACAGCUAUCCUCCAAUCUUGUCCUCGCCCUCCUACAUCAAAACACUGCUGAUCAAGAACAAAAGCCGCCUUCCCGCUAAUCAGCUCACAGCUGCUGAAAUCGCAUGCCUGCGCCAACACAAGCUCCACGUGUCCGUGGACGAGUGGAGCCAACUUAUGGCCAGUGCGAUGGCUCAGCGCAAAGAACUCCGCGUGCAGCGCCACUGUCUCUGCCGGCCAGCGCCCAAGCAGCCCCAGUCACAUCUCUCCUUCGACCGAGACAUUUCUCCAUCGUCUCCAUGCAGCCGCUCCGACACAAGUUCAAUCGACGGGCGAUCCCUCCGCGCAAUGCGAGGACGAUCUGGCAGCUCUACAUGUAGUUCAACAUGCGAGAGUGGGGGCGCCGAGUCGACCGCCGCCGAGAUGGCGUACUCGGGACAUGACGUCCUCGACGGAGGCGACUGCAAAGAAUCGAGGGAUAACCAUAGAAAGGGGAGGACUGGAGCAUCCAGUAACCAAUGGACGCGGUACAUGCUGGAUGUGUGUGUUCAGCAGCUUGCGCACGUCGACGAGACAUGCACGGACAUGACGACGACCAUGGAGCUGCCAAAGAAAGCGCGAACGACGCUCCUGGCCCUUCGCAACGCGGCCAAUACUCUCGUCGACUUGUGCAGACGGCAUCCAUUUCUCCACGAACAGGACGAAGGCGGCGAUCCUCGAGACGACGGCACCGCGUCGAACGCAUCUCUUCGUUCGUCCACAGAUUUUUCGUAUCGAAAUCGCAACGAGUUGACCUAA